AUGGACGCCGUGGCCAGCUCUCCAUUGCGAGAAACAGAUGGGGGCAGUGAUGACGACCUGGCGGGGACGGAUUCUAUGAGCUUCAAGAUGAGAAUUGUCCUAAAGAUUAUGAAAGCCGAGCUGACCCAGAAUUUCGAGUCAUACGGAAACAGAAUGGAUCCUUACGCUCUGGUCCACUGGGAAGAUGACGAAGACAGCUUUGAACUGACCAAGACUCGUGUAGACUGGAAUGCUCACAUGAACCCUGUGUGGGAGCACACUUGCCGUCCACAACUGUACAAAGGAAAUGCCACUGUGCGAAUAGAGGUCGUAGAGGCAAACAUGGUGGGGCCUUCCACUUUGUGUGGUGAGGCCACCUGCAAAGCUGAAGAUUUAGUGAGCCAACUGCCAGCUCCUGGAGUACCAAGCACCUCUCAGGCAGCCAUGCAUGCGGAAACCUCGCUGCCCUUGACCUUGAAUGGCAAGGUGGUCAAUGGAAAGCUUUCGGUUGUCAACGAUUGUCUUGCAGUGCAAGGAGACGGGCAAGGUUUGUGUACAGGCAAUGCUUGCCCGGAACUUGGAGUGCCGCUGAACACUGACCAUCGUAGGUCAGGAAAUGCGUCCCAGGAGGAUUUUGAGGAACUGUAA